AUGAGUGAUACAUACGUUGUUGUGGGAGCUGGUAUAGUUGGAUUGUACACAGCGUACUCGCUGGUAUAUGAAGCUGGCGUCAGUCCAAAAAACAUAAGCAUAACUGCAGCUUAUAUUCCAGGCGAUCAGAGCAUUAACUACACCUCUCCUUGGGCCGGUGGUAAUUUUUCAUGCAUUAGUCCCGGGGAUAAAAAAUCUCUUUCCUACGAUCGCUAUACCUACACCCAUCUGGCUGAGAUCCAGAAAAAACUGGGAGGUCGGUCAUGUGGUCUGGACAUGAGGCCAGCUACAGACUACUUCCACAAAUAUCCUCCGGCCAAGAAAAUGGAGUCGCUGAAGGAGUACGUGAAAGACUUCCGCGUUCUCGACGAAAGUGAGCUGCCUAAGGGAAUUGCUUUUGGAAUUAGCUACACCACCUGGAACUUUAACUGUCCCCUGUUCCUGCAAAAUUUGGCCAGUUACCUAGAAAACCUUGGUGUGACUAUCAUCAAGAAAAAACUCGAGCAUUUGUCACAAGCCUUUCUAUCACCAAACACUAAGGUGGUUUUUAACUGCACCGGAAUUGGUGCAAUAACUUUGGGCGGUGUGAAGGAUACAAAUGUGUAUCCUACGCGUGGGCAAGUCGUGGUCAUCAAAGCUCCACAUAUACAAUUUAACAUGUGUUUGUGGACCAACGAAUCUGCAACCUACAUAAUUCCUCGGCCGAACUCUAACGGAGAGCUCGUGAUGGGAGGAUUUUUGCAAAAGGGUAUCAGCACCGGCGAUACUUUCAAGCAUGAGACUGAGGAUAUCAUCAAGAGGGCAACUAGUAUGGCACCCCAAAUUCUAGAUAGACCUCUGGACGUGGUGAGAGUGGCUGCAGGACUUAGACCUUCGCGUCAUGGAGGGCCUCGAAUUGAGGUCGAGGAAGUCGAAGAUGGAAAACUCGUAAUCCAUAAUUAUGGAGCUUCUGGGUAUGGGUACCAGGGAGGAUGGGGCAUGGCGCAUGAUGCGGUCAGAUUGCUUAUCAAAGCGCAACGGGGAAGCUCGGCGGUAUUAUAG